GAAGACGCUUUGGCUUUUAAGCUCAGCUAAGCUGAGCUUCCAUAAUCAAGCUUGAACCAUCUCCCCACCCCACAACAUCUAGGCUCAGUUCCAAUAUCAGGCCUAGGCGCCCCCCUUCACUACUGCUUGAGCCAUGGGCAUGGAUACAGAGGAGGAGCAGGAAUCUGGAACCCCCCAAGACCCUGAGUGGCCAGAACUAGAGAAGGCUGAAAGGUUGGCCAGAGGGGCAGCCCUGAAAUGGGCCUCAGGCGUCUUCUACAGCCCUAAGCAGCUGACCAGGGUGGACCAAUACCGAAGCCGGGAGGCCCAGAGAAUGUGCUCCAUCGAGUCUCGAAUCAAGUCUACUGUACAGUCAUACUUGGAGAGUGUGCAGACAGGCCUUGAACAGCUAGGCCUGGCGAUGAAAGAGCUACAGGAGGCUCGAGAGGUCCUGGAGGAGGCCCAGGGGGCACUCAGGAGCCAGGCUGAGGCUGCCCACACCCUGGGGCAUCUCCGGGAGCUGGCCGAUCAACAUGGGCAGCUUCGGGCAGUGACCCUCCUACUGCCUCAACUCUUGGCAGUACCUGAGGCAGUGGCCAGAACCCAGGACCUGAUCAAGGGCAAUAGAUUCCUGGAGGCCUAUGAGGUCCUACGGGAGCUGGAGCAGUUACGGGAUGAGGUGUUGGACCCACUUGGGGGACCAGAGCUGUCCCUCUUUGAAGGCUUGACACCUCUGGGGGAGGAGCUGGGCCUAGCCAUGGGGAAGGUGGUAGGUUCAGCUAGGCGGCUGGCACGAGAUGAUCCAGCUCUGCUAGUGGCUGCAGUUCGAGUAGCUGAGUUUGAAGAGGAGAGGGAUACUCGGCUCCAGUCACCAGCCCCCGGACGCCCCCGAGCCUGGCGCCAGCGCUGCCUUGAAGCCCUACGUAAGGCCCUUGAGGAAGCCUACUUUGAGGCACCAGCCCCUGCCCCCCCAGGCCUGGCAGGACACCUGGCCACUCUUCGAGAAGCUCUCCCUGCUGAACUGGCCCUGGCUGAGGCCCUGGUGGCUCCCUGUUGCCCUAGAGAUUAUGGUGUGGUGAAGCUGUGGGCCCACACCUUGCACCAGGGCCUCUGCCAGCACCUGCAGCAGCUUCUGGACCGUGAGGACCUGGGCACCCAGGACAUCUUCACACUGUUACACUGGGCCCUGCAUAUCUACCCAGGCCCUGAGAUGAUGGGUCAUCCUGACCUCAGUCCUGAAGCUGACAUCUCUGAGCUAGAACCUUUGCUCUCCCUGGAGGCUGUGGAGAGGCUAGAGAGAGCAUACACAGAAAAACUCAAGAUAAGCAUAGCUGAGUGGCUGCAGAAGGCCCUGGAUGGAGAGGUGGCAGAGUGGUUCCGAGAACAGGAACCUGACAUUGACCCUGAAGGCCUCUAUCAUUCUUCCCUGCCUGCUGUUGUUCUGCAGAUCCUAGAUGAGAAUAUCCGAGUGACAGCUGUGAUCAGCUCUUCUUUGCAGGAGAGAGUACAUGGCAUGGCCCUGAGGGAACUGGGCACCUUCCUGAGGAGCCUAAUCAAGGCACUGGAACGUUUCUCCCAAGAACACUUGAGGAAUUCGUCUAGGCCCCACCACUAUGUGCCAUACCUGCUGGCCUGUCUCAAUCACUAUGCUGCCCUAAGUUCUUCAGUCUCCCUCUUGAAGCCCGUUGGGGUGCCCACCACCACCACCACAGGGGUCUCAGCCGCCAUCGAUGCAGCCCUUGGAGACUUGAAGAGGAAGAUCUGCAGACUGAUCUUGGAUGCCCUGCUGGAGGAGCUACAGCCCCUGUUCGUGGCUCUGCCCUCUCGCCAGUGGCUAUCCUGCCGAGUGAUGCUGGACAAUGUGUGUGAGCAGACAGCCAGCUUCUGCUCACGAUUCUCCAGAGUCCGGAGUCCCAUGGCUCAGAUGCUGCUGGCUGAGAGUGAGCGCGCGGUGGUGCUGGAGUAUCUUCGGGGCUUAAUGCAAGGAAAGCUUGUGUGCCGGAACUCGAAGGAGAGGAUCCAGGCGUCGGAGCAAAUGUUGCAGGACUCAGCCCAGCUCAGAGACCUCUUCCUUAGCUUGGAGCUAGAGGAGAGCGCACAGACCGGGGCGGUCCUGGGUGCCCUGCAAGAGCUGUUUCGCCUCCAGGACCCAGCGCUGCUCAGCCUCGAGGUGUCCAGCUUCUUACACAAAUUCCCCGACGUCAGCGAGGAGCAUAUCGGGGUGCUCCUGGACGUGCGCGGGGAUGUGUCCCGGGAGCAGCGCCAAGUCGUCUUGGAGACCAUGCAGGCCAACCCUCCUCCGUCGCUGCCGCCCGACGGCCACCGCCCGCUCUUCAGCCUAGUGCCAGUGCCCUCUCCUCCGUUAGCCUUCUGCUUUCCCGCUGGCUCCUGCUCCUGAGCGGGUGGCCGAGACUGAUCCACAUCAAUAAACGCCCACGGUCUUCGCGACGAGUCUGCGCGUGGGAGGGGGCGAGACAGCUCCUCCAGCUCCCUACUCGCUCAGCCUCGGCGGACUGCAGCAACCCCA